UGGAAGCAAAUUGGCGCAUUUUAUAACUGCACACACAACCAGAGAGAGUGGAGCACAAAAGAGAGAGAAAGAGGAGAGCAUUCCAAAGCUUUUCUUAGGCAAAACUCCAUUUGUUGCAUUGGAUCAACGAUCACCAUUGACGGUGGAGUCCUCCUGCCCCAAACGCAAAAAAUGCGAUAUGGAUCGAGAGCGCGAAAGAGAUGCAAAGGGCCUCGAGCCGCGCGAUUUAUCCUCCACGGGCCGCAUCUAUGCCCGCAGCGAUAUUAAAAUCAGCGCUUCGCCCACCGUUUCGCCAACGAUCUCAAAUUCCUCAUCGCCCACACCGACGCCGCCCGCCAGCUCCUCCGUGACGCCGCUGGGCCUGCCCGGCGCGGCGGCCGCUGCCGCUGUGGCCGCUGCCGCAGCAGCUGCUGCGGGCGCCGGACCUGGUGGUGGCGGCGCCUCGGCCGGGGCCAGUUCCUAUUUGCACAACCACAAGCCCAUCUCGGGCAUACCCUGUGUGGCGGCCGCGUCCCGGUAUACGGCGCCGGUGCACAUCGAUGUCGGCGGCACAAUCUACACGAGCUCUCUGGAGACGCUUACCAAAUAUCCCGAAUCGAAGCUGGCCAAGCUCUUCAAUGGACAAAUACCCAUUGUGCUCGACUCGCUGAAGCAGCAUUAUUUCAUCGAUCGGGAUGGUGGCAUGUUUCGCCAUAUACUUAACUUUAUGAGAAACUCAAGACUAUUGAUUGCCGACGAUUUUCCCGACCUCGAGCUCUUGCUCGAGGAGGCCCGCUACUACGAGGUGGAGCCCAUGGUUAAGCAGCUGGAGAGUAUGCGCAAGGAGCGCGUUCGCAAUGGCAACUAUUUGGUGGCGCCACCCACACCGCCAGCACGUCACAUUAAGACCAGCCCAAGGACCAGCGGUGCGCCCGAGUGCAAUUAUGAGGUGGUCGCGCUUCACAUCUCACCGGAUCUGGGUGAACGCAUUAUGCUGUCGGCGGAACGGGCGCUGCUCGACGAGCUCUUCCCGGAGGCCAAUCAGGCAACGCAGUCGAGUCGGAGCGGCGUCUCCUGGAACCAGGGCGAUUGGCGCCAAAUCAUCCGCUUCCCACUCAACGGCUAUUGCAAACUGAACUCCGUUCAGGUGCUCACACGGCUGCUGAACGCCGGCUUCACCAUCGAGGCCAGCACCGGGGGCGGCGUCGAGGGGCAACAGUUCUCCGAAUAUUUGCUGGUGCGUCGCGUUCCAAUGUGAUAGGCUCCAUGUCCAGGUCAACGUCUGCGUCAACGUUCUGGGCACUGUGUAAUCGUAAUCUUUGUGCGAGUUGCGCACUAAUUGCUGCCCUUUAGGCGGCUCUUGGGGGUUUUACACGGGGGGAAUGGGGCGGGCACGGGCACAGUAAACGGGGGCGGGCGUUAAGCAGCGGGUGCAGGAUGCGGGGUGCAAGGUGCAUGGGAGGGAGCGGUGUUUUUUGCGCAAAAUUUUUAAAAUCCAAAUGUUAUUUAAUGUUUAUAUCAAAUACGUUUUUGCUGGCAGUCAACCCAUACACACAAACCACCCUCCCCAUCCACCCACACACACAUACUCACACGCGCACACACACAAACACACACACGCGCACACCAUAUACGUGUAUUUCAAUAGUAUUUUAGGUAGAGCCCAGAGCCCCCAGCACUGAUUUGUUUAUGGCCUAAGUUCGGCAUAUUUAAAAUAGUUUCUGUUUUCCUUUUUGUAGUACUUCCAAUACGGUUAUAAUUAAAAUACUUUCGGUUAUUUAAUUGCAUAAAAAAAAACUAGCCAGACGGACAAUUGUUGAGAAUUGUCUUAAAGCAUAACUUAUAUAAUACGAGGCACACAUAUGUAGCUAUCAAAAGAAAACAAAAAUCAAAGAAAACAAAGUAAGUAAAAGAAAAACAAAAACUAUGCAACUAUAUUGAUUAAACUAACAGCAAUAGUUUUGUAGUACAUAAUUGAUGUAAUUGAACUUUUAUGAAUGUAAACUAUGGAUUAACUUUUCAAUAUACAUACAUAUAUGCAAAUACAUAUACAUACAUACAUACCGACAAGUUCUACAAUAUGUGCAAAAUAUGAAAAAUACUCAAUCAAAACAAAACAAAUAAAUAAAUUUUAAAAAACAGUUUGCGACUACUUCUAGCAAAAUCCAUUAAA